CAAACCAAAUGAAACCAAGGAUGGAGAGAAAUUCUGGUGGGUGGGGUUGUCUACUUUGAAUUUCUUUUCCUAUCCCUUCAAGAGAAGAAAAAGAGAUUGAUAUGGAGGCUGGUCAGACGGCGACUAAUGUACACGAUACGACAGCUGUGUUGACUUGACUAACGAUGAAUUUGAUAAACUAGAAAGAACUAUUUCGUUUGAAUAUGGAAACCAAAUGAUACAAGAUAAAGAAUUGUAGCUAAAUACCAAAUUAACGAAGGGGAAGAAGAAUCAUUUAGAUUUAGAGGCUAGGGAAGCUUAUAAUCAGAGUUACCAAGCAAAAAGUAUGCCCAUCUCUGUCUCUGAAUAGGGUCUAAUAGAAAGACAAGAGAGGGAGAGAGAGAUUCACAUGGGGAUCUGCUGGAGUUCUUCAUCUGAUAACCACAGCCCUAGCACCACUGAGCAUUUCAGUUCAGCAGGGGUAUCCGUGUCACAGACAACUAGUAACACAACAUCUUCAGGAGGCAGCAACACCUCCGGGGACAGCCGGUUUUCGGCUGCCAGUGGAGGCAGUGAGGUGCAUCCUAAUGGGCAGAUCUUGCCCGCUCCCAAUCUGAGGGUCUUCUCUUUUGUAGAACUGAAAGCUGCAACAAAAAAUUUCAGGAGUGAUACAAUUCUGGGAGAAGGAGGUUUUGGGAUGGUUUUCAGGGGAUGGCUAGAUGAGAAGACAACAUCUAAAAAUGGUAGUGGAUUAGUAAUUGCUGUCAAGAAGUUGAAUUCUGAGAGCAUGCAAGGAUUGCAAGAGUGGCAGUCGGAGGUAAACUUCCUAGGCAGGCUUUCCCACCCUAACCUUGUUAAGUUGAUAGGGUAUUGUUGGGAACAUGAAGAGCUUCUACUCGUCUAUGAAUUCAUGCAAAAAGGCAGCUUGGAGAAUCAUCUUUUUGGAAGGGGCUCUGCUGUUCAGGCACUGCCAUGGGACACAAGGCUCAAGAUAUUGACAGGAGCAGCUCAAGGCCUGGCAUUCUUGCAUAGUUCAGAGGAAAAAGUGAUUUAUAGAGACCUCAAAGCCUCGAAUAUAUUGCUUGAUGGGUCCUAUAAUGCCAAGAUAUCGGACUUUGGCUUGGCAAAAAUGGGGCCCUCAGCUAGUCAAUCGCAUGUGACCACACGUGUUAUGGGAACUUAUGGCUAUGCAGCUCCCGAGUAUGUUGCUACAGGGCAUUUGUACGUGAAGAGCGAUGUGUAUGGCUUUGGUGUUGUAUUGGUUGAAAUGUUAACUGGUUUACGAGCACUCGAUACAAAUCGUCCAAGUGGACAACAUAAUCUGAUUGAUUGGAUCAAGCCACAUUUAUCUGACAGAAGGAAGUUGAAAAACGUAAUGGACAAAGGGUUGGAGGGGAAAUACCCCUCCAAAGCUGCAGUCAAAAUAGCUCAGCUUGCUCUAACAUGCCUUGGAGCUGAACACAAAAUGAGGCCAUCAAUGAAAGAAGUUGUGGAGACACUGGAAGAAAUUGGUUCUGCCAAUGAAAGGCCAAGGGAGCGUAGAGUAAGAUCCAGUCAUCGGACAGCUUAUCGACAUAGCGAGCAGCCUCUGCACCAUCGUUCUCCGCUUCACCCUAGGCAAGCUGGAAAUCAAGCCUAUCAACUGUCACUACCGGCAUGAAAACUUUAAUAGUAGCCACAUCCUUUUUGAACAACAGUCCUCAGAAUACACGACGGUUUCUGAGGUUUCCCAUUGAAAUGGUCCCUACACCCUUGUUUUAUGUGAUUUGUUCAACACGUUCAGGUGUUGAAUUGGUGCCGCGUGCCGUGCCUUAUAUUGAAGAAGAUGAGAAUAUUAGCCAUGAAACUGUAAUUAAAUUAUUUUCGCCAGUCUAGUGAGUUUUGCUUGGUACUUUGUUAGACGUAGAAUGUUAUUUGUGUUACAAUUUUUUUAUUUGAUUUUGAUUUCAAAUCGCAAGGACGAUAUGCUGAUUUCAAAUCGCAAGGAC